UACCCAAUUUAGCCUUAAAAAAAAAAAAAAAAACCAUUGACAACGCUUCAUUCACAAACACACAGGACAAAUAAAAAACCACAAACCCAAUUCAAAUCUACAAAUUUUCUCUUUUGAGUCAUUCUUGAUUUUGCAAUAUAAUCAAAUAAAACCACAACCCCACUUUAAAUCUACAAAUUUACUCUUUUGGGUGAUUCUUGUUUUUGCAAUUUUAAUCAAAAAAAAAAAUAUGAGGAAAAGAGAAAGAGAAAAUCCAUGUGGUGUUUGUGGUCAUUAUCACAAAUAUGAAGAAGGUGAAGUUUGUGGGAUUUGUGGACAUAGAAUGCCUGAUGUAACUGAAAAAGGUUCUUCAAUUCAAGUCAGUGCUUUCCCUUCUGAGAUCUUGCCAGAGUUUCUAUUUUUGGGUAGUUAUGAUAAUGCUUCUCGUGCUGAGCUUCUUAAGACUCUUGGGAUUUCAAGGAUUCUCAAUACAGUACCUGCUUGUCAGAAUCUUUAUAAAAAUUCCUUUACUUAUCACUGUCUUCAAGAUGACCAAAAUCUGGCAUUUGAUGAUGCUAUCCAAUUUUUAGAACAAUGUGAAAAGGACAGGGCUCGUGUUCUCGUCCACUGCAUGUUAGGUAAAAACAGGUCGGCAGCAAUUGUAAUUGCUUAUUUGAUGAAAAGUAAAGGAUGGAACCUUGCACAGAGCCUUCAGUGGACAAAAGAGCGAAGACCUUCUGUUGACCUAAAUCAAGAGGUCUACCAGCAGCUACAGGAGUUCGAGCAAAAGAUCUUCGGAUCACUUCAAAACCAGCCCAGCCCCGUCAUGCCAGCCUUUGCGUCUCCUGUGACAUCCUUCAACUUUGGCUUCCCAAAGCCCAGUGAUCCGGUUCCUGCUCCAGCCUUCAACAAUUCUAGUGCUCCUUCACUUUUUUCCCGUCCUGUUUUUGACGUUCCUCCACAGGGAUUCACUUUUGGAGCUAACAACGCCUCAGAAAGCCCUUUGAAUGGCAAUCAAAAUCCAAAUGGUAACGACGUUGCCAUGGACGGGUCAUGAAUCUACAUGCCUUUUGCCUUGUGAAAAGUCCUCAACUUCAACGAGUAUUAAGAAGGUUAUGCCAGUUGCUGAUGUCAAUCUACCAAGUUUUUCAUAAGUUCGGAUGUAAAGUGGGAGAAAGUGCUUAUAGAAAUCACACUGUGUAGAGUUUGACAUGACCAUAUCUUACGGUGCCAUCAAGAUGGAUUCAUUAUUCAGGAGAUCCAAGUAACUAUUGCCUACUCUGUAUCCGAUACUAAUUGCUGUUUUCACUUGAUCUCUUACAACUAGAUUUUGUGUAGCAACUGACUGUUAUACUAUGGCAAGGUGGAUGAAGUUUUUGACGAGAAA